AUGACAACGGCCGUCGCUGCACCCCCGGUCCCCGCUCCCCAUGCGCCCCCGUCCGUCGACGGUGUCGGGAGCUCGAGAACAUAUGCUACCAUCGCUCCAUCCACUUCGUCACCUCGCGCUGCCGUGACUCCGAACUCAAAGUCUACCUCUCGCCUUGCUGCUGCUCCUCCUGCUUCUGCUCCUGCUUCUGCUUCUGCUCCCUCCGCCAUCGCUGAGAAUGCUUCACCAACCUCCUCCAGCGAUAGCUCCGCACAGCAUCAGCAGCUCCAGCAGAGGCCAGACGGGAAGCGCUCGCCUCUCUCGUAUGUCUUCUGA